CUAAAAGCAAGAAGAAGAACCGUGGAAAUCAUAUGACUCGAUCGAUAGAGAAAAAAGUUGGAAUUUUCACUUGAAAACUCGCCCCGUUUGGACUGGAAGACUCCACGCCUUUUCGCCCACCACAGCUAACAAAGGCACAGCCGAAGGAACUCUGCCCAGGCGAUUCUGCUGUUUUUCUUUUGCGCUUCCACGCCAGCCAGUCUGUGUUUUUGUGUGCCAGCCGAGUGCCCGUCUGUGUGCCAGUGCCCCAGUCAUCAGUCAUCAUCCAUUCAACGCUGGUUCAGUAGCUGAGAGUAACCAAUUGCAAGAUGAACAGCUCGGGAUUCAUGUUCAACAUCGACAACGGCUAUCUGGAGGGCCUGUGCCGUGGCUUCAAGUGCGGAAUCCUCAAGCAGGCUGACUACCUGAAUCUGGUUCAGUGCGAGACCUUGGAGGAUCUCAAGCUGCACCUGCAGGGCACCGACUACGGCAGCUUCCUGGCCAACGAGCCCUCGCCGCUCUCCGUGUCGGUGAUCGACGACAAGCUGCGCGAGAAGCUGGUGAUCGAGUUCCAGCACAUGCGCAACCAUGCCGUCGAGCCGCUGUCCAACUUCCUGGACUUCAUCACCUACGGGUACAUGAUCGACAACAUCAUUCUGCUGAUCACCGGCACCCUGCACCAGCGUCCCAUCUCGGAGCUGAUCCCCAAGUGCCACCCCCUGGGCAGCUUCGAGCAGAUGGAGGCCAUCCAUGUCGCCUCCACGCCCGCUGAGCUGUACAACGCCGUGCUGGUGGACACGCCGCUGGCUCCGUUCUUCGUUGACUGCAUCUCCGAGCAGGAUCUGGACGAGAUGAACAUCGAGAUCAUUCGUAACACCCUCUACAAGGCAUACCUGGAGGCCUUCUACAAUUUCUGCAAGAAUAUGGGUGGUGCCACCGCCGAUGUUAUGUGCGAAAUCCUUGCCUUCGAGGCUGAUCGUCGCGCCAUCAUCAUUACCAUCAACUCGUUCGGCACCGAGCUGUCCAAGGACGACCGCGCCAAGCUCUACCCCAACUGCGGCAAGAUGUAUCCCGACGGUUUGGCCGCCCUGGCCCGCGCCGACGACUACGAGCAGGUGAAGACCGUGGCCGAGUACUAUGCGGAGUAUGCCGCCCUCUUCGACGGCUCCGGCAACAAUCCGGGCGACAAGACGCUGGAGGACAAGUUCUUCGAGCACGAGGUCAAGCUGAACGUGUACGCCUUCUUGCAGCAGUUCCACUUCGGUGUCUUCUACGCGUACCUCAAGCUCAAGGAGCAGGAGUGCCGCAACAUUGUCUGGAUCGCCGAGUGCGUCGCUCAGAAGCACCGGGCCAAGAUCGACAACUACAUACCCAUCUUCUAAGC